AUGGAUUCUUUCGGAGCUCAACAACAAGGCGGUGCCCCAAACCGUGGAUGCUUUACCUGCGGAACUGAAGGUCACCAAGCCCGUGAAUGCCCAAGCCGUGGACCACCAAAGUGCUACAACUGCGACAACCCAGGUCAUUUGAGCCGUGAUUGCCCAGAGGGACCAAAGGAGAAGGUCUGCUACAGAUGCGGUACUUCCGGACACAUCUCCAAGGACUGCUCCAACCCACCAAUUGAGGGCGCUGGACGUGGUGGUGGAUACGGUGGCGGAUACGGAGGUGGUGGUGGACAACAAUGCUACAAGUGCUCCAAGAUCGCGGCCACAUCGCCCGUAACUGCCCAGAGGCUGGUGGCUAUGGUGGAAACCAAGGUUACGGAGGUAACCAAGGUGGAUACGGUGGUGGAUUCGGCAGUGGUGCCCGUCAAGGAAGCCAAACCUGCUUCUCAUGUGGCGGUUACGGACAUCUUUCCCGUGACUGCACCCAAGGUCAAAAGUGCUACAACUGUGGUGAAGUUGGUCACUUGUCCCGUGACUGCAGUCAAGAGACCUCUGAGGCUCGUCGAUGCUACGAGUGCAAGCAAGAGGGUCACGAGAAGCUUGACUGCCCUUUGA